CAGGUGAACUCAAUCACACACUAAUUAGCGCUGCUCGAUAAACAGCCGCGCACAGAACCAGGAAAUUGGGAAAAAUCAAUUCUCAUAAACUAGUUACUUCAUAUUGUCAACCUUACCGCGUUUCCAACAUGAGUAACGACCUUUCCAAGAAGAGGGGGAAAAGUUCGGGUGAGAAAAAGGCGAAAAGAAAAGUCAAACGAAGAGAGACUUACGCCAUGUACAUCUAUAAAGUUUUGAAACAGGUCCACCCGGACACAGGGAUUUCAAGCAGAGCCAUGAGCAUCAUGAACUCCUUCGUCAAUGACCUGUUUGAGAGGAUUGCCACGGAGGCGUCCCGCCUGGCUCAGUAUAACAAACGCUCCACCAUCACCAGCAGGGAGGUGCAGACUGCAGUGAGGCUGCUGCUGCCUGGAGAGCUGGCGAAACACGCAGUGUCCGAGGGCACAAAGGCGGUCACCAAGUACACCAGCUCCAAGUGAAGCCUCCAUCACCAGCUCAUCACCACUAGACCGGUGCAUCUAACCUGUGCCUC